AUGGGUGCGGGGGUCGGCGGGGCGGUUUACAGGCGGGGGCGGCAGCGGCGGCGGCAGGCAGUGCGCAGUGCGGCGGCGGCAAGGGGCAAGCAGCAGGGCAAGGCAGGCAGUGGUGGCGGCGGCAGCAGGCGGCGGGCGGCAGCAGUGCAGUGGCAGCAGUGGCAGUGGCGGCGGCAGGCGGCGGCGGGUAGCAGUAGUGAAGUGGCAGCAGGCGGCGGCAGUAGUAGCAGGCAGCAGGGCGUGGCGGUAGCGGCGGAAGGCAGCGGCAAGAAGGCGCGGGAAAGGAAGCAGGCGGCAGUGGCAGGCAGGGUAGCAGCAGGCAGUAGUGGCGGUGGCGCGGGGUGGCGGGCAGGCGGCGGCGCGGCGCGGCGGCAGGGCAGGCAGGGCGGCAGGCGUGGCAGUGGUGCGCGGCAGAAGUGGCAGUGGCGGCGGCGGCGGGCAGCAGUAGGGCAGGGCGGGUGCGGAAGUGGCGGCGGCGGGCAGGCAGGCAGUGGUGGUAGCAGCAGUGCAGGCGGCGGCAGCGGCAGCGCGGCAAGUAGUGGCAGGCAGGCAGCAGGCGGUGGCAGUAGUGGCGGCGGCGGGGGCAGUGCGCGGCGGCGUUGGCGGCAGCAGUGGCAGUGGCGCGGCGGCGGCGGUGAGCAAGUAGCAGCAGGCGUGGCGGCGGUGGCGGCAGGCGGCGGCAGCGGCGGUGGCGGUAGUAGUAGUGGCAGGCGGUAG